AUGACGUCGUUUGUUCUCCCGAACUCGUCACCCGAGUGCACCGUCAACCUCACCAACGACAUCACCAAAGACCAACUACUCUCAUUCACCGCAUUCAAGAAUUGGAUAUCGACGCUACAGCACUCGCUGGCCCAGCAGCAGAACAAGGACCACGUCUUCUAUGACGCGCCCUACAAGCUCCGCAAGAUCGACGUCCAGGCAUGCGACUGGUUCAGCAAGACGAAGCUGGGCUUCGUGAAGCUCAAGGCCGAAGUCACCAACGACAAUGGCGAAUACCUGCCCGGUUCAAUUUUCCUCCGCGGCGGCAGCGUGGGCAUGCUGCUCAUCCUCCAACCUGACGACGUCCCCGAGCACACCGAGCAAGAAAAGUACGUGAUAUUGACCGUGCAACCCCGCAUACCUGCCGCCUCGCUCUCGCUGGUCGAGCUCCCGGCCGGCAUGCUCGACGACAGCGGCACCUUCGCCGGCGGCGCCGCUAAGGAAAUCGAGGAGGAGACGGGCAUGAAGGUUCCCGAGAGCGAUCUUAUCGACCUUACUGCCCUUGCCUUGCCGAAGACGGAGGAUACGACAGGCGAGACGCUGAGGCAGGCCAUGUACCCCAGCGCCGGCGGAUGCGACGAGUUCAUCCCGUUGUUCCUGCAUCAACGGAGAGUCAAGAGGGACACAUUGAACGAGUGGCAAGGAAAAUUGACGGGCCUCAGGGAACAUGGCGAGAAGAUUACCUUGAAACUAGUAAAGCUGGAAGAUCUCUGGAAAGAGGGUGGCCGGGAUUCCAAGGCUUUGGCUGCUUGGGCUUUCUAUGAAGGCCUGAGGAAGGAGGGGAAGAUUAACGUUUGA